AUGGGGGAUAAGAGUCAGGAGAGUCCUUUGGCUUUAGUUAGUGUUGAUAAUCAUAAUGCUCUUAAUAUUGAUAAGGUGGGGGGGGCUGGGGCUGAGAGUUCUCAUGGUGAGGAAGAGAUUAAUAAUGUGCUUGCUGGCCAAACUUUGGAAACCAUUCCUGAGGAGAUUAGAAAUGUUUCUUCUGAGCUUGUGGAUGUUGAUAUUCAAACUAUAGAACAUAGAAUGCCUAUGCCUGAUGCAGUAACUUCUUCUAUGAGCAAUACUCAUCAGAAGAUCUCUGCACCUAGAAAUUUCUCGGACGGUAAUGCUAGAGAAGAUAGCUCAUGGAAGGACGUGUCUGAGUAUUAUGCUUGUGAAAAGCCUUCUUCAUCAUGGAUGGAUCGUUGCUUAUGUUGA